GUGUCGCUGUUGUUUGUGUUCGUUGCUCCAAGAUAUCUUUGCCUGUUUUAUUGUUUUCCUGACUUGUAGAUAUCACAUUUACGGGCCGACAUGGCAACGUUUAUUUCAGUCCCGUUGAAGAAAUCGUCUGAAGUGGAGCUGGUGAAGCCGCUGUCGAAGUUUGUCACAGCCUCUUAUCCAGCCGGAGAGGAGCAAACCGAGUACCUCCGCGCCGUGGAGGAGUUGAACAAGCUCCGCAAGAACGCGCUGGGAAGGCCGCUCGACAAACACGAAAGCUCCCUUGAGAUCUUACUCAGAUACUAUGAUCAGUUGUGUGCAAUUGAGCCCAAGUUUCCCUUCUCUGAAAACCAGCUCUGCCUAACCUUCACAUGGAAGGAUGCCUUUGAUAAAGGAUCUCUGUUCGGAGGCUCAGUCAAACUCUCUUUGGCCAGUUUAGGCUACGAGAAAACGUGCGUGUUGUUCAACUGUGCAGCUCUGGCCAGUCAGAUUGCCGCGGAGCAGAACAUUGAUAACGAUGAAUGCCUCAAGGCUGCUGCCAAAUACUAUCAGUUGGCCAGCGGGGCCUUCAGUCACAUUAAGGACACGGUGCUCUCUGCCCUGAACAGAGAGCCCACCAUGGACAUCUGUCCUGAGACCGUGAGCACUCUGAGCAGCAUCAUGCUGGCCCAAGCUCAGGAGGUCUUCUUCCUCAAAGCCACGUCAGACAAGAUGAAAGAUGCUGUGAUUGCAAAGCUGGCCAAUCAGGCUGCAGAUUUCUACGGCGAGGCCUUUAAGCAGUGUCAGUUCAAAGACACCCUUCCUAAAUAUUUUUAUUUUCAGGAAGUGCUGCCGGUCCUGGCAGCAAAGCAUUGCAUCAUGCAGGCCAACGCCGAGCUGCACCAGAGCAUCCUCGCCAAACAGAAGAAGCGCUUCGGAGAGGAGAUUGCUCGUCUGCAGCACGCGGCUGAGCUGGUGAAGACAGUUGCGUCUCGUUACGACGAGUAUGUGAGCGUAAAGGACCUGACUGAUAAGAUAAAUCGAGCCCUCACUGCAGCCAAGAAGGACAAUGACUUUAUCUACCACGACCGUGUGCCUGAAGUCAAAGACCUGGAACAUAUCGGAAAGGCAGCGCUGGUCAAAUCUUCCACCAUCACACCUCCACUCAGUCAGAAAUUCACAGAUUUGUUUGAGAAGAUGGUGCCCAUGGCAGUGCAGCAGUCCAUGAGCUUUUACAGCCAGAGAAAAGCCGAGACGGUGAACAGACUGGUGGGAACAAUGAGGGAGGCCACCAAUCUCUGCAACGGGGUGUUGGCGUCGCUGAACCUGCCCGCUGCUCUGGAGGAUCUGUCUGGAGAUUCUAUCCCACAAUCCAUUGCUGAGAAGGCCAAAUCGAUUGUGGGGCAGGGAGGAUUGCAGAGCAUCGAGAAGCUAAUCAAAGACCUGCCUGAGCUAUUAACUCGCAACAGAGAGAUCCUGGAUGAGUCUCUGAAGAUGCUGGACGACGAGGAGACAACAGACAACGAGCUGCGAGCCAAGUUCAACCAGCGCUGGAACAGAACCCCCUCAGGAGAUCUGUACAAGCCCCUUCGUGCAGAGGGCACCAACUUCCGUAACAUCCUGGACAAGGCGGUGGGGGCUGACCAGGUGGUGAGGGACCGCUACAACACACAGUGUGACAUGAUCGCACUGCUGUGUAAACCUGAGAGCGAGCUCACCGCCGCCAUCCCCUCCGCCAACCCGACAAAGACACUACAGGGCAGCGAGGUGGUGAACGUGCUGCGCUCCCUCCUCGCCCAGCUGGAUGAGGUGAAGAAGGAGAGGGAGGUCCUGGAGGGAGAAAUCAAGGCCGUGACGUUCGACAUGUCCACUACGUUCCUGAAGGCGCUCGCCCAGGACGGAGCGAUCAACGAGGAGCAGCUGUCCAUGUCCCAGCUCGACCAGCUGUACGGCAGCUACAACCAGAAGGUGCAGGCCAGCCUCAGCAUGCAGGAAGAGCUGCUGGGACAAGUUCAGACGUCCCACCAGGAGUUCGCAAGCCUCAAACAGUCCAACAGUGAUGCCAACCAGCGGGAGGAGGUCUUAAAGAAACUGGCUUCAGCUCACGACAGCUACGUGGAGAUCUGCAGCAACCUGCGCGAAGGCACCAAGUUUUACAACGACUUGACAGAAAUCCUGCUCAAGUUCCAGAACAAAUGCAGCGACAUCGUUUUCGCUCGCAAGACGGAGCGGGACGAGCUCCUCAAAGAGCUGCAGCAGAGCAUCGCUCGGGAGCCCAGCGCUCCGGCCUUCAACGUUCCCGCCUAUCAGAGCGCCCCUGCUGCCCCCGUCUCGGCCCCAGGUCCAACCCCUGCUCCCAGAACAGUCUUUCCCCAGCAGCCUCAGCAAGCUCAGCAGCCCCAACCGAAGCCCCAACCUCCUUCCAGGCCACCACCCCCAAGCUUCACUCCUCAGGCAGCCGCACCCGCCAGCCCAGCACCCACCGGUCCUCCCAACAAUAACCCCCCACCUGUGGCACCAACCUCCCAGGCACAAGGACCACCUUAUCCCUCCUACCAAGGCUAUCCAGGGUUCUACCAGAUGCCCAUGGGCUACAACCCGUAUGCGUACGGUCAGUACAACGUGCCCUACAUGCCCUACCAGACCACCCCAGGACAGGGAGGAUACCCAGGAGCCCCUCCAGCAGGACAGCCCUACCCUGGCUACCCACAGCAGCCCCCCCAGCAACAACAACAUCCGUACUACCCUCAACAAUAACUCUCCUCUUCAGCCCUUCGUUCCUGUUCUGACACGUUAACACCAAAUAAAAUGCGGCCUCAGCAAUAACACUCGGCCUCCAUCAGCCCCUCUUCAGCUUUGCUUCCUCUCACUAACAGCAGCUUUAGGAAGCGAGAUCUCUGAGCUUAUUUGCACUUUUUUUUUUUUAUCUAAAAAUUUUUCUUUA